CGUGACUUCCACAUCAUUCAUUGUUUCUUAUUGUUAUGCCGGUACUACGGUACCGAUUGUACUACCUGACCAUCUGGCAUCCGCGACCUGUUGGACCUGCCAAUAGAGACCCACAUUCUUAUUUAAUUGUCCCCUGCAACGCUGCUUCCCCCACCCUUGCCGUCUGUCCCAAUCCAGGUUGACGGUAUUCUCUAACUUCGAACUGCUACCAGGUCAACUACCAGGCAAUUCUUGGAAGCAACACCGAAAUUAACCACAAUUCUCUUCACUUCUUAAUUUUCUUUUCUUCUUUUCUUCUUCCUUUAACUUAUUAUGCAAAGUCCAGCCCUUCAUUCCAAGCUACUCUUGAACCAGAGGGUAGCCUUGCCUUGAUUCUUACUGGUAACUUAACAUAUCUUCACUUCUUUUCCCCACUACGUCGGCCCAGCCUUGCACCACAUCGCAUCGCAUCGCCUCGUCUCGCCUCGCGUCGCCUUGCCUUGCCUCAUUGGUAUUGGUAUUGCACAUCAAUUACCACGUGCCAAUUACUUCGAGCUCGUGGACAAGCUCCGCCUCUUCCUCUUUUUAAUUUGAGUGUUCGCCGACCCUAAAAUCCACAUUGGUCCCCUCACUCUCACGACCAGCCGCUGCGAAGCCUACGUGGCCCUCAUUACUCCACCAUUGUCUCCUCCCCGUCAUCCUCGCUACCGUCAUAUUCAAUUUUACUACGGGUCGUCCAACCAUAAUGGACUCGAUAUCCUCGCGUUUCCGUCGCAUCAAGAGGGCUCCUCCUACGACGCCCCCCUCUGGAAUCCGAUCUGGAUCACCUCCCGACAAAUCAUCGUCGGAAAGUAAACUUGGCUCUGUGGGCUGCCGUGCACCACCGCCGACCCUGACAAUUCCAACCAACCAUGCUUCUCGAAAUGAUCUACCUUCAAAGUCGCCUUUUCGUCGAGGGUUCCAUUUUCGACAUUCGCAUAAGCGCGCCCGAUCUCCCACUCCCACUUCGUUAGCUAUGCCUCCUUCGCCCGCCGUAACUAGUCAGGAUAGUGCAGUCGAACUUAGCAGAACAACUCCUGCUAGCGCUGUUGAAGACAAAGGUGAGAAGGAAAUGAUCAAGGAAACCCCCAAACCCAGGAUUCCUGCUUUCCUGAAUCUGUCCCAGCAAGAUAUCGAGGCUAAGUUCCAAGAUCUUAACUGGUCAGAGCGUUUUCGUCUGCAAGAGUCCUUCCAUAACCCAUCCCCGAAUUUUAAAUUCGCACGCGUUACGACACCCGAGACUAAGAUUCUCGACCGGUACGCGAACAUUCAACCAUGGGCCAACAACCGCGUCAAACUACAGGUGCCAGACGGUCAGCUUGAUUAUAUCAAUGCGUCGCCCAUCACUCUCAAUUCCCUCCUAGAUCCUCAGUCCAAGCCACCGCAUCGUUACAUCGCCAUGCAAGGACCCAAAUCAGGGACUAUGGAUCACGUUUGGCGAAUGGUAGUGGAGCAGCUACAAAGCCCUGCCGUAAUUGUGAUGCUGACCGAAACACACGAGGGUGGAAUGGAGAAGUGCUAUCCAUAUUUCCCUCGGUUCGUCGAGGAAGAGCCUUGGGUAGUAGGCGAGGACGACGAAUUUGGAGACGGGUUUCGCGCCGAGAUUAAGUGUGUUGAUAUCGAAGAACACGCGAACGGUGCAAUUGAGGUUCGAAAGCUCAGCAUUCACGUCGAGGGCCGAGAGGAGGAUAUGAUUGUAUGGCACCUCCUUUACCGUAAAUGGCCCGACUUUGGCGUCCCUGCCCUCGAGGACAUUGACAGCUUCUUCGAGCUCAUGCGUCUUUCGAGAGAGAAGAAUGCAAGUGAGGACAACCCACGAAUCAUUCACUGUUCGGCAGGUGUGGGCAGAAGCGGAACGUUCAUCGCCCUUGAGCAUCUCAUGCGAGAGAUAGAUUCAGGUGAUGUGGAUCGUCUCGAGAUGAAUACCAACAGUGAUGGGGAGGAUCUCGUCUAUAAGACGGUCGACGCGCUGAGGGAGCAGCGCAAGCAGAUGGUCCAAGCCGAGUCGCAGUACCUAUUCAUUUAUCAGGUGCUGCGUAAGCUCUGGCUGGACAAGCAUGGGCUUACCGAACAGGAUAUCCGGGAGGAGCCCGCAGCUAAGAGGUUGGAGGUUGAUUUCGACCCUUUUAUUGAUUGAAGAAGUUAACAUGAUGAAGAUGAACUACGCGGCGGUCUUCGUAUCAUACCAUUCACAGUUUUGCACGGCAUCGCGAUGGCGUUAAGAGGGGAUACAUUUGGUUUCGGCACUUCUCUUCACCCGUCGGAUUUUUAUAUCACACUAUGGUCUAGCAUAACAACGGGCACAGGAUCAUAGGAAGGCAUAGGGGUGCAUUGGAAGUAUUAUUCAUGGAAGGGCGUCUUUAACAUCAAUGGUACACGAGAGGAUUUCAGGAAUUAGGCCGUCUUCUAGGAGCAAAUCAAGGUAUGCAUAGGAGGAAAAGCUCUACAAGGCCUCUGGAUUCGGAAGACAUUGUCAUUUGAGAGAUACCCUUUCUAUUAAAUUAGCCGAUAGCAGAUAACCGCCGCAUUGGUUUGUACAAUUUGCGAGUUUGGGACGGUUUCACUGUAGCCGUCGUUGGUAUUUAAAGGCACAGAUUGUGGCGUACAACCGCAAGAGUGGGUUACACGGUGCAAGACUCUCAUGCCCUCAGAUAACGAUACAUCACGAAGGUCACAACCUAUCAUGCAGGUUCAUGAUGUAAGGGCACUGGAAGUCAUAUAUCUGGUUGAACUUGCAGACUUGUAGCUGGGGUAGCUACCCCGCCUUGGCUGAUCCCAAUCGUCGAUAGUCAAAUAAUAAUCAUGAAAUAAUUCAUGAACCCUAAAUUG